GAGGUGAAGAUGGUUUCUCCUGCGAUCGCUUUAGCUUUACUUCCUCUUUUACUCACAAUGAUUAUUCGUUAUCGUUAUUAUUUUGUGCUGCUGUAUCGAGCUGUUCUGAUCCGGUGGGUGCGGGACUGUUUAACGGGCAUCAGUCGAGAGGAACGGGCCUAUCAGUACAUUCUGACCCACGCCACACCCGGUGACCCCGAGAGCAUCCUGAACACCUUUGACCAGUGGUGCAGCAAAGUUGAGUUUAUAAGCAACAUUGGUCCCAAGAAAGGUAAGAUUCUGGACCGGUUACUACAGGAACACUGUCCGCUCACUGUGCUGGAACUGGGCACUCACUGCGGGUACAGCACAGUACGGAUCGCACGCUCACUGCCGAUUGGUGCUCGAAUUUACUCCGUCGAGAUGGACGAGCGAAACGCUGUCGUGGCUGAAAAAAUUAUUCGUCUGGCAGGCUUUGAUGAAGACAUGGUGGAGCUGAUCGUUCGCCCAUCGGAUGAAGUGAUCCCACGCUUGCGUGAGGACUACGGUGUGGAGCGUUUAGAUUUUGUGUUCAUGGAUCACUGGAAGCGCUGUUACCUGCCCGACCUGCAGCUGUUAGAAGGCAGUGGUCUGCUCGGAGAGGGCUCACUCAUCGUAGCCGACAACGUCAUUUUUCCAGGAGCGCCAAACUUCCUGCGAUACGCCCGGCGCUCGGGUCUGUACGAGCUCAGAGUUCACCGAGCAACACUGGAAUACAUCCGCGGAAUCCGUGAUGGAAUGGCUGAAAUGACGUUCCUCGGUAUAAAGUGA